CUGAAAUGUUUUAAAAAAUUAUGGUUUAGUUUUGUCUCAUAUUUUUAAAACACAUGUUUUCGUUGCGUUUAGUGAAUGUUAUAAUCAAUACUUUUUAUAAUUAUUUAAAUGUUUAAUUCAUUUUAUUAACUUUAUUUUACAUUUAUGGAUAUAAUUGUGUGCUCAUAAACUAGCCAUAUUAUAAUACAAUUCAUACACGCAUUCAACACAACACGACUCUCGCAAACAAUAUUGAAUUGAGUGAAAAAUACCAUUUAAUACACGAUCGAAAAAAGUUUGAAAACUUUGCAAAAACUAUUCAACAAAACAAGUGUUGACUGCAUUUUUUGUUUAAUUUCAAAAGUUUUUGUUGCAUUUGUUUGCAUUCAAUAAUAAUAUUAAUACUUAAUUAUUGUGCGAAUUAUAAUAACACUGAAAAAAUCUCAUUUAAAUAAUAUUUAUUUAUUUUUUGCGCUUUUUUGUUGUAUUGUGUAUUGAAUUUCACGUGUGAUGUCAUGCCUUACAUAGAGGAGAGGGCGGAACGGGAGGACAGGCCGACCAUAACUACUACCACCAGCGCUAACACCAGUGUCUCAGCGCCAGUAGUCGUCAGCGAAACCCCGGAUGAUAUACAGGAUCGCAACCAACGAAAGUGUCAAUCAUAUAGUCAUAGAUAUAGUGGUGAAUGGCCGGCACCACCACUACUACCGCAACUGACACUCGGCGGACGCCCAUCAGUUUCUCAACAACCGAUACUACCGAUCGACAGCACCGGCCAUACCAUACCUCAGUGUUGUGUGUGUAGAAAACAUAUCGUCGGCGACCAUCACCACAACCAACACCGGACAGACACUAGUGACCAACCGUUGGCCAACGCUUACCAACCCUCACACCCGCCAGCGGUUGUCAAACACCGACACAUACUGUGCGCCAACUGUAUACUAGUCAACGGCCAGUCGUCGGGCCCCACUUGUACUGUAUCGCAGUCGACCUUAACACUCGAUGCCCUGUCCAGCGGUGGCGUCGGUCGUUCAAUCGCCGGUGGCUGCGAGUCGGACGACUCGGGCACCGGUUCGAUGAGCACAUCACCGUCGGAGCAAAUGUCCAGUAGUCCCACGUCGUCGUCGUCAUCGUCGGCCAGCAGUGGGUCCACAUCCCUAUCGACGACCACCAGCGCUGGCCACAGCCCUACGGCCUCGUCGGGCGAUCGCAGCGACGACAACGACCGCCAGUCCCACAACGAACCGGGCGUUAGUGACGAACAGAUGCGUGAAUUUCGCCAAAACGACCGCAAUAUCGGUGCCGUUCGGCAGGCGAUGCGCGUUGAGGCCAAUAGACUCAAGUCCUACUAUUUGGCCGGAGAACAGAUAUGGACAGUGCCCGGCGUACGGCCCCAGGACUUGGCGAGGGCCGGAUUUUUUAUGCUCGAAAAUGAUCGGGUUCAGUGCCCGUUUUGCACCGGGGUGAUCAGAUCGUGGGCUCCAGGUCUGUGGCCCCUGGAGGAGCACUCGCGAAACUUCCCGCUCUGUCCGUUCAUAAUGGAGGAGGACGUCGGGAACGUACCGAUCGGGUCGGACCCCAUCCGUGACCCGCAACCC